UCUUCGAUAUAAAAUGGAGUAAGCUAAAAAUAACCGUUGUCUACAGCAGGUUUUGUCUCUGUUGUCGAGCCAUGGCAACUUAUUGUUGAUGGAUACAGUGAGCUGCUGCUGACAGUGGAUAAAGAUGGACACACAGGUAACUUCAAAUGAACUUCAGGAGCGACUUCAAGCUCUGACAGAAGAAAAUUUGCAGCUGCGUGACAAAAAUGACCGCCUCCUCACCAAAGUGAGCUACCUGGAGAGCAGACUGGGCCACCUGGCCAGCUCCAACACAGACCUGUCCUGCAGGCUGGUCCAGAGUGAAGAGGACAAACUGAAGAUAUCUAAGGAGCUUGUGGAGGAGAAAAUUCAGGCAAACAAAAUGAGAGAGCAGUUUGAAGAAGAGACGUUUGAGCUGAAAAACAAGAUAUUGGACCAAGCUGGUGAAAUAACAGAGCUUGAAAUGAAGCGAGACACUUUAUUCAGAGAACUCCAGUCGGCUGAGGCUCGUCUGAAAGUGGGAGAAAAAAGCGGCCAAGACCUGACAGAGGAGUACACCACGCUGAAGAAGAACUACCGUGCUCUGGCUAAGGCCCGGGAUGAAGAACUAGUUCAGAGUGAGGAGCUGAGUGCUGAGCUGCUGGCACUGGCUCAGGCCCAGGACGCCCUCCGCAGGCAGGUGGAGGAGCAGCAGCAGAGUGUGAAGACUACCACCCAGGGCCUGCACAGUGAGCUGGACAGGGUGCGGGCCUUGAUCAGCCGCAUGUCACACAACAGAGUCAAGGUUGAGGAUCUGGCAGCUUUGGACAAGGAGCAAAAAGCUAUGGAAAAAACUCUACUUGGAAACCAAGAUGAGAUCAAAGCCAUGCUGGAGAAAAUGAAGAACAGCUACGAGGAGCAGCAGAGGAAACUGGAGCAGAGAGUCAGGGUGGCGAUGGGGAAAGAGCAGCAGGAGAACAAGAGGGCGAUCCGCAAUAGCCAGCAGGAGCUAUCUGAGCGGAGUGCGGCCUUGAUGUGCUCCCAGAGCCAAGUGAAGGAGGUUGAAGAAGAGAACUCAAAGCUGCAGCUUCAAGUCAAAGAGCUGAACGAGGAGUACCGUGCAAGGCUUGUGUACUAUUUACAAGACUUAGCUGAAUACAUUGAUGGACUUGGAGAAAGUAAAAGCCCCUCAGACACCUCCAAGAUGAGGGCACAUGUGGACAGCAUGCUCCAGGAUGUACGCUCAUCCCACAGGGUCAGGGAGGAACAGCUCGCCUCUGCUGCUCGCUCGUAUAAGAAGAGACUUCAGAAGGUCACCAAGACCCAUCAUGCUCUCCUUAUUGCAUACAGGGUUCAGAGGGAGCAGAUCUUGGCUGAACCAGACAGUAGUCUUAACCCUGGACCCCCAGAAGGCCACUUCAGUUUGGAGCCCACUGAGCUCAGAGAUGAAACUGAGAAGGAGCUCCACCACCUUCGCCAGGACAAAGCGAGGCUGGAGGGUCAGCUGCAGGCGGCCCGGGAGCAGGUGGCUGGCCUCAAAAUGCCCGAUCAGAAUUUAAGCCAUCAGGAGCCGGCAUGCGAGGAAUCCUGGACGGACAUAAGGAAACAGCUGAGGGAGAUGACAGAGGCUACACUGGUGGGCUUUGAGAAGGAGCUCGCCCUUCUCAUCACCAGAGCAACAGUUGCAGAGGCCCAGGUGUCAGAGUUGCAGGACUAUAUUGACAACCACCUGGGCAGAUAUAAAGAGGAGAUCUCACAUCUCUGCAGACUGCACGGGAUACAGCAGGCUGGGCGUUCCCAAAGUGCUAAUUCAUCGCUCCAUUGAGAAAAGUGGCCCCAAAAUUGGAAGCCCAGUCAUAUAUUGCAAGACGCUUUGGCGCUGAAUAAAAAAACCACUGCCAAAUGGGAAAACGACUACACAGGCAGAAAGAAAGACCAGAAUCAAUCAGGAAGUGGCUGCUUUUCAGCGGUGCCAGAGGAGCCGGGCAACUUCCUGGUCUCGUUGCCAAGGUGACUGGAAGCUCAGCCAGCUGGUGCAGCGGGCAGCAGUUGGGUUUAAUGGGGGGGAUGGUGGAGGAUGACGGUUGGGAUGUUGGACAGUGGGCAGAGAGAUGGUGAGUGGGGGUGAGGCAGUUUAAAUGUAAACACCGAGCACUUCAAACCGCAUCCAUCUGAAUCAUCACAAUGUGGAGUUUCUGUUCUGUUUAUAAGCCUCUGCAAACAGUCAUUUAAUCCGUCCAAUUACUCCCAGCUUCUGCUACGCUGGCUUGUUCACACAAUAUCAUGUUGGAGAAUUCUGUAUAAUCUAUAACUUUUUUUUUUCAUGGCAGACAAAUGCACUGAUAUUAUAUGGAAGACUGAUUUUUUUCUCUUAGGAACAUGAUCUUAAAAGAUAGCAAAUAUGGUUUAAUACUUCAGAAAUAAUCACAUAAAAGCAAGAGAAGCAGGUUGUGUAAAGAUGAUUUGGGCUUUUACUGGGCAAACUUAAACUUCACUCAUAUUAACAAUUAAAGAUGUUGUUGAGAUGUCAAGUAUGGAUUUUGGGUCAGUCAAACCAAUAUGGCAUCCCUCUCAUUACUAUUAAGAGACAUUUUUGUCCAAUAAAAGGAAAAAAAUCUGUAUGGAGCUGAAAAAUGCAUAUUUGAGCCUUAUAAUGAAGGUAUCUAAAUUAGCCUAUCAACAUGACUAAUGGCUCCAAACGAGCUUUAUUAAUAUCUUUUACCACAAGGUGGCUCCUCUGCAGUGGGCUACUCAUGAUUAUUUGCUAUUUUUACUUUGCAGUGUUGGUGGUAGAACAAACA